AUGGAGAAGGAACGCCAAACAUCACCAAUGGCUUCGACCGCACCUUUGGUCCCCAAUAUUAUCUCUUCAACGGUGGAAAGGGCUCUGAGUCAUCUCUGGAAGAUUUGCGAUCGGAGGCUGAGACCCUUGCCGACCCAGGAUGGAACGCUGACUUCUACGACUCCAUUGCCAAGCAUGUCAUCGGACGGUAUCUUCGGCGACUUCGUGCAUGAUGGCGUCGAGGUGCAAGCCAGGAAGGUAACCAAGGUGCAAGAGACUUGGGAACAGGAGUCCGCUGGUGUCGAGGUCUGGCGACUGGGAACCCCCGACAAGUCCUCGGGCGAAUUCCUCCACGGCGACGCACCAGACCCAACACACCCAUUGCACCCUCCCCAGCACUUUAUCUACUGGGGAGCGUAUGACUGGCAGCAGGACUUCCCCAAUGGUGUCAACUAUACCAUCGGCAGCAGCGACCCUGCCGUCGAUUUCAACACCGUGCACUGGUCGGUGUACGGUCCGACCCCUGAAAACCCCGACGUCGAAUAUGACACCACACACGACUGGACGAUCAACUUCUCCUUGGACAAGAAGCAGCUGCAGCAACGCAAGACUGCCACGCUGACUAUCCAACUAGCCGGCGCCAAGACCGCAGCUGGCAAUACAGACGUGUACAACGCGACUGAGCCCUACGCUAAUCUUGCGUUGGAAAGCUACAUCAACGAGCAGAAGGAGCCGCUGACUUUGUUAGUCGGUUUCAACCAGUCCAGCAGCUGCAUUGUCCGCUCUGCUGUCAGCUGCUACCAGGUUCGGUCGCGCAUGGAAUUCCCCGCCGACUGGCUGAACGUUGGGAAUAAUGUGCUCACCUUGCAUCUCCCGCGUAAUGCCACGGACUACGAAACGGCGGUUCUCCCGGGGACAGUGUAUGUCCAGUACGAUGCAUUGCGUCUUGAGCUGGCUUAA